AUGAGUUCAAAAGACACAAACCAACCGGACGCCCCACCGUCCUACGCAAUCGCCACGGGCUCCUCGACAACAAGCACACAACCACAGCCCUCCUCUCACAAUGACACCUCCCACCUCGGCGUCCCCGCCGCACCCCGCGCCUCCCGCAAAUCAAUGGAAGACGAACACCAAUUCUUCGUCGACACAAAAGCCGACCCUCCACGCAGCAUAUGGGUCCACCCCAUGGACGACGAAGAAACCUGGAACAGCCUCUCCUCCGAAGAGAAAGAGCGCCUCCAGGCCGCCGAGGCAGAAAUGAAGCACCCCUCACACGAAAUCCCACCUUACCAGCACGACUCCAAGGACCCCAUCGGCGGCGACGAGAAAUCCAGCCACCACCACAACAACAACAACGAGCAAUAUCCCUCAGAACUACCGGCCAGACCAGGCGCACACUCGCAACCAUCACAUACCGGCCACCACGAUAGCAACAAGAAACCCUCGCUCGGCGAACGCCUUAAAACCAAAGUCACCGGCCUCACAAAAGAAGAGCGCGAAGCCGAGCGCCGCCAACAAGCCGAGCAGGAACGCCAGUACUACGAAGCCCACGCCCGAUUCCGCGCCGCGAUGCACAAGGCCCAGGUCACGGGCCAGCCGCAGUGGUUUGCGAAGGACAAGAACGGGCAAGAUGUGUACGUUGAGCCGCCUCAGAUGGGGUAUGGCGGUGGUGGGUACGGCAGGCCUGGCUAUGGAGGGUAUGGUGGUGCAGGAUAUGGAUACAGUCCGUAUGGGCCGAGUAUGUAUAGCACGCCGAAUGGGAGGUACAUCAGACCGCAGUAUGGCUAUGGACGGCCGGGGUAUGGCGGGGGUUUGGCGCUGCCAGUCGCUGGUGGUCUUCUGGGAGGAGCAUUGCUCGGUGGAUUGCUUUUCUAG